GGCCCGACGAUGCCCCGGAGCCCGGCGUCCAGCGAGGAGGAGCGACGCAGCGCGUCCGAGUGUCCCGAGGGCGGGUCGGAGUCGGACAGCUCGAGGGACGGCCGGGGGACGCGGGGCCCGGGGAGGGCCGGGGCCGGGGGGAUCAGCCUGGCCUCCGCCCACCGCCUGCAAGGCCGCUCCAUGUCCGUGCCUGACGACGCCCACUUCAGCAUGAUGAUGGUCUUCAGGAUCGGCAUCCCCGACCUGCACCAGACUAAAUGUCUCCGCUUCAACCCGGAUGCGACCAUCUGGGCGGCCAAGCAGCAGGUCCUUUGCGCGCUGAGCGAGAGCCUCCAGGACGUGCUCAACUAUGGCCUGUUCCAGCCCGCCGCCUCCGGCCGUGAUGCCAACUUCCUGGAGGAGGAGCGGCUGCUUCGCGAGUACCCACAGUCCUUUGAGAAGGGCGUGCCGUACCUGGAGUUCCGGUACAAGACUCGGGUGUACAAGCAGACAAAUCUGGAUGAGAAGCAGCUGGCAAAGCUGCACACUAAGACGGGGCUGAAGAAGUUUCUGGAGUACGUACAGCUCGGGACGUCGGAGAAGGUGGCCCGCCUGCUGGACAAGGGGCUGGACCCCAACUACCACGACUCUGAUUCUGGGGAGACCCCUCUGACCCUCGCGGCCCAGCUGGAGGGCUCGGUGGACGUGAUCCGGACCCUCUGCCUCGGCGGCGCCCACAUUGACUUCCGCGCCCGCGAUGGCAUGACAGCCCUGCACAAGGCCGUGUGUGCCCGACACUGCCCCGCCCUCACGGCACUGCUGGAUCUCGGCGGCUCCCCCAACUACAAGGAUCGUCGCGGCCUGACCCCGCUCUUCCACACGGCGAUGGUCGGGGGUGACCCGCGCUGCUGUGAGCUGCUGCUGUACCACCGGGCACAGCUGGGCACAGCCGACGAGAACGGCUGGCAGGAGAUCCACCAGGCCUGCCAGCGGGGUAACUCCCAGCAUCUAGAACAUCUACUCUUCUACGGGGCAGAGCCCGGAGCUCAGAACGCUUCUGGGAACACGGCCCUGCACAUCUGUGCCCUCUACAACAAGGAGACGUGCGCUCGGAUCCUGCUGUACCGAGGGGCCAACAAGGAGAUGAAGAACAACAGUGGCCAGACCCCGUUCCAGGUUGCGGUGAUCGCGGGGAACUUCGAGCUGGGGGAGCUGAUCCGGAACCACCGGGAUCAGGAUGUGGUUCCCUUUCAGGAGUCGCCCAAGUAUGCGGUGCGGCGCCGGGGAGGCCCCGGAGGCGGGGGGCUGGCCGUGCCCCCACCCCUGCUGCUCCGGGCCAACAGCGACACCAGCAUGGCCCUGCCUGACUGGAUGGUCUUUGCGGCCCCCGGAGCCCCCACUCCCGGCGCCCCCGGGCCUCCCGGCCCGGUCUCCGGACCCCCGCCCCCCUCCCACCCCACGCACCCCGCCGGGCCCAGCACCAAGCUCAGCAGUGGGACCCUCCGCAGCGCCAGCAGCCCCCGGGGUGCCCGCGCCCGCUCCCCGUCCCGGGGACGGCAUCCUGAGGAAGGCCGGAGGCAACCGCGUGGGCGGCCCAGCUCUAGUGGGACACCGCGGGAAGUGCCGGCGGCCGGGCCGGGGUCCUCCGCGGGCCCCGGGGGUCCCGGGGGCUCGCUCGGCAGCCGGGGCCGGCGGAGGAAGCUGUACACGGCCGUGCCUGGCCGCUCCUUCAUGGCUGUGAAAGCGUACCAGGCCCAAGGCGAGGGCGAGAUCUCCCUCAGCAAGGGAGAGAAGAUCAAGGUGCUCAGCGUGGGGGAAGGCGGGUUCUGGGAAGGACAAGUCAAAGGUCGCGUCGGCUGGUUCCCCUCCGAAUGCCUGGAGGAAGUAGCCAACCGCUCCCAGGAGGGGAAGCAAGACAGCCGGAGCGACAAAGCCAAGCGUCUCUUCCGCCAUUACACAGUUGGCUCCUACGAUAGCUUUGAUGCCCCCAGUGACUAUAUCAUUAAGGAGAAGACGGUUUUGCUGCAGAAAAAGGACAGUGAGGGCUUUGGCUUUGUGCUGCGAGGGGCGAAGGCGCAGACCCCCAUCGAGGAGUUCACACCAACGCCGGCCUUCCCCGCCCUGCAGUACCUGGAGUCCGUGGAUGAGGGGGGUGUCGCCUGGAGGGCGGGGCUGCGCAUGGGAGACUUCCUCAUCGAGGUGAACGGCCAGAACGUGGUGAAGGUCGGGCACCGGCAGGUAGUGAACAUGAUCCGCCAGGGGGGCAACACGCUGAUGGUCAAAGUAGUCAUGGUGGCCCGGCACCCGGACAUGGAGGAGGCCGCCCGCAAGAAAGCACCACAACAGGCUAAGCGUCUGCCCCCGCCAGCCAUCUCCCUGCGCUCCAAGUCCAUGACGUCUGAGCUGGAGGAGAUGGAGUACGAGCCACCCCCGGGGCCCAGCGUGGAAAAGAAGCGGACGGUCUACCAGAUGGCGCUCAACAAACUGGACGAGAUCCUCGCAGCUGCCCAGCAGACCAUCAGUGCCAGUGAGGGCCCCAGCCCGGGUGGGCUCACCUCUCUGGGCAAACCCCACACCAAGAGCUUCUUCGCCACUGAGUCCAGCUAUGACCCCCAUCACCGCUCCCCGGCCAACUACGAGCGGCCCUCCUACCUGCCGCCGGGCCCCGGGCUCAUGCUGAGGCAGAAGUCGAUCGGAGCCGCGGAGGACGAACGCCCCUACCUGACCCCCCCGGUCAUGAAGUUCAGCCGCAGCCUGUCGGUGCCCGGCUCCGAGGAAAUCCCCCCGCCCCCGACCACGUCGCCCCCCGAGCCCCCGUACAGCACCCCGCCGGCCUCCUCCUCGGGCCGCCACACCCCGUCGCCCCGCGGAGGCCCCUCCGGGCCCACCGCCUCCCCGCUCGCCUCCUUCGACGGAGGGCCCCCGCCCCCCGAGCCCCGGGGGGCCGGCCCCGGAAGGGAGCAGCGGGAUAAGGGCCUGUACCAUCCGCCGAGCCCCCUCCCGGCGGCCCACCACCACGGGGCCCCGCCUCACCACCAUCACCACCACCACCACCACCACCACCACGCUCCCUCGCAGCCCCCGCCGCCCGCCUCCUCCGCCGCCGCCGCCUCCUCCUCCUCCUCCUCCCACUACCACCACCACGCUCACCCGCCCCACCCGCCGGAGAUGGAGACGGGGGGCUCCCCGGACGACCCCCCGCCCCGCCUGGCCCUGGGGUCUCAGCCCAGCCUGCGGGGCUGGCGGGGCGGUCUCCCGGCGCCCCCUCCCCCGGCCCCUUCCCCCUCGCCGGCCGCGGCCUCCUCCCACCACGCGGUCUCCCUGGGCGGGGGCCCCCCGUCGCCGGCCCUCCGCUACUUCCAGCUGCCCCCUCGGGCGUCCAGCGCGGCCAUGUACGUCCCGGCCCGCUCCGGCCGCGGGCGCAAGGGCCCGCUGGUCAAGCAGACCAAGGUGGAGGGGGAGCCGCAGAAGGGGGGCGGCUCGACGGGGUCACCGUCCGGCCCCGCUCCGGUGGAGAAGAAUUCGAUCCCCAUCCCCACCAUCAUCAUCAAGGCCCCGUCCACCAGCAGCAGCGGGCGCAGCAGCCAGGGCAGCAGCACCGAGGCCGCCGAGCCCCCCGCCCGGCCCGGCCCCCGCGGGCCCGCCCGAGCCCGCCCCGGGCCCGGCCUCGCCGCUGCCCCCCGGCCUCGCCUCUGCCCCCGGCCUCGCCGCUGCCCCCGGCCUCCCCCGCUGCCCCCGGCCUCGCCGGGCCCGGCCACCCUGGACUUCACCAGCCAGUUCGGCGCGGCGCUGGUGGGGGCGGCCCGGCGGGAGAGCGGCGGGGCCGGGGCCGGGGUCGGGGCCGGCUGGCACAGCGAGGCCCGCCGCCGCUCGGCCCUCUUCCUGUCCACCGACGUCGGCGACGAGGACGGGGCCGCGGCCGACGGCUUCGGGGGCUCCGCCACGCCCGGCCCCCGGCUGCGCCACUCCAAGUCGAUCGACGAGGGGAUGUUCUCGGGAGAGCCCUACCUGCGGCUGGAGGUCGGCGGGGCCGGGGGCGGCGGCGGCGGCGGCGGCGGCGGCUAUGCCCUGGGUGGGGGCGGCGGGGGCGGGGGCUACGCGGCCGGCCGCCCCUACGGGGGCGGCACGGCGGGCAUCAGCGCCUUCACCAGCUUCCUGCCCCCGCGGCCCCUGGUCCACCCCCUGACGGGCAAAGCCCUUGACCCCACGUCGCCCCUGGGCCUGGCCCUGGCCGCCCGGGAGCGGGCCCUCAAGGAGUCGUCCGAGGGCGGCGGCGGGCCCCGGCCCCCGUCGCCCCGCUACGAGCCGCCCCCGCCGCCCCCGCCGGCCCACCCGCAUCACCUCCCGCACUCCCACCUCCACCACCACCCCCUGCCCCCGCCCCCGGAGCCGGUCCUGCGGCUCUGGGGCGCCACGUCCCCGGAGCCCGUCCGCCGGGAGCUGGGCUACCACCGCCCGCCGGGCCUGGGCCUGGGCCUGGGCCUGGGCCUGGCCGAGAAGCCCUCCGCCGGCAGCCCGCCCGCCGCCCGCCGCUCCCUGCUGCACCGCCUGCCCCCCGGCCCGCUCCUGCUGCAGCUGGGGGGCCCGGGCCCUGACGCCCCCCUCCCAACGGGGAAAGGCUGGCGGGGCGGCGGCGGCGGCGGUGGGGCCGUCGAGGAGGCGGAGCGGCUGCCCCUGCACGUCCGCUUCCUGGAGAACUGCGAGGGCGGCCGGCCGGCCGGCGGGCCGGAGGACGGGGAGCGGGGGCCGCCCCCUCCGCCCAGCCCCCGGCGGCGCGGCCCGCAGGGCCCCCCGAGCCCCCUGACCUCGCCCCGGGCCACCGGCGAGGAGAACGGGCUGCCUCUGCUCGUGCUGCCCCCGCCGGCCCCCUCCGUGGACGUGGACGACGGCGAGUUCCUCUUCUCCGAGCCGCUGCCGCCGCCCCUCGAGUUCUCCAACAGCUUCGAGAAGCCCGAGUCGCCGCUGACCCCCGGGCCUCCGCACCCCCUGCCCGAGCCCCCGGCCGCCGGCCCUCCGCCGCCCCCCGCCUCCGCCGGCCCGGCCGCCGCCGCCCCUCCGGCCCCGGCCACCCUGGACUCCACCGCGUCCAGCCUGACGUCCUACGACAGCGAGGUGGCCACCCUGACCCAGGGCAGCGGGGGCGCGGGGCCCCUCCCCGCCCCGGCCGGCGACGCCGCCCAGCCCCCGGCCCCCGGCCCGGAGCCCCCGGCCGCCGCCCCGGAGCCCCCGGCCGGCACGGACUCCGGCAUCGAGGAGGUGGACAGCCGCAGCAGCAGCGACCACCCGCUGGAGACCAUCAGCAGCGCCUCCACCCUGAGCAGCCUGUCCGCCGAGGGGGGCGGCGGGAUCGGGGGGCCGGACCUGCUCGACACCUACGUGGCCUACCUGGACGGCCAGGCCUUCGGGGGCGGCGUCGGGGUCGGGGUCGCCUACGCCCCCAAGCUGCGGGCCCGGGCCGGCCUGGCGGGCCCGCUGCGGCCGGCCCCGGGGGGCCUGCGGGAGGUGGCCACCGCCACCAGCCACACGGUCUCGGUCACCGGGGCCGGGGCCGGGGGCGAGGGGCUGCUGGCCCUGGGGGAGCCGGAGGUCGGGCCGGUCCCCGCGCCCCUCCCCGCGCCCCCCGUCGUCGUCGCCGCCUCCUCCUCCUCGCUGCCCCGCAAGCUCCUGCCCUGGGAGGAGGGCCCGGGCCCGCCCCUGCCCCCGGCCCCGCCGUCGCCCGCCAUGGCCGCCGCCUCGGCCCUGGCCUCGGUCAAGGCCAGCAUCAUCAGCGAGCUCAGCUCCAAGCUGCAGCAGUUCGGCGGGGCGGCCGGCGGGGCCCUGCCCUGGGCCCGGGGCGGCACGGCCCCCGCCGCCGGACCCGCCCCCGGGGCCGGGACAGGGGGUGGCACGGCCGGCGGGGAAGGCCCCGAGCCCCCCAGCUACGUGCCCGACCGCACGGCUUCCCUGCAGCGGCAGAGGCUCUCCGACGACCCCCCGUCUUCGCUCCUGUCCAAGCCUCCGGUCAGCAGCCUCUUCCAGAGCUGGCCGAAGCCGCCGCCGCCCCCGCCGCCGCCGCCCCCGCCCCCGGGGCCGUCGUCGGGGCCGGGCGGGGGCGCCCCGUCCCCCGGCGGGGGCCCCGGGCGGCACCUGCAGGGCGUGGAGUUCGACAUGCGGCCCCCGCUGCUCCGCCGGGCCCCCAGCCCGUCCCUGCUGCCCCCCUCGGACCACAAGGUCAGCCCCGCCCCCCGGCCCUCCUCCCUGCCCAUCCUGCCCUCCGCCCCGCUCUACCCGGGCCUGUUCGACCUGCGGGGCUCCCCCACCGGCGGGGGCGGCGGGCCCGGGGCCGGCCCGGCCGGGGUGGCCGGAGACCCCUUCGCCCCGGUCUUCGUGCCGUCGCCCGCCGGGCUGGGAGCCGCCGCCGCCGCCGCCGUCAGCGCCCGGUCCCUGUCGCCCACCCGCCUGCUGACCCUGCCGCCGGACAAGCCGUUCGGGGCCAAGCCGCUGGGCUUCUGGACCAAGUUCGACGUGGCCGACUGGCUGGAGUGGCUGGGCCUGUCCGAGCACCGGGCCCGCUUCCUGGACCACGAGAUCGACGGCUCCCACCUGCCCGCCCUGACCAAGGAGGACUACGUGGAUCUGGGCGUCACGCGGGUCGGCCACCGCAUGAACAUCGACCGAGCACUCAAGUUCUUCCUGGAGAGGUGAUCCAGCCCCUCCCCCCGGGCGGCAGGCGGUGGGGGGGGGGGACCCCGGACACGGACACGCGCGCCCCC